AUUGCGACACGUGCGAUCCGGCGGGGAGGAUUCGGCUCCGCGGUAUAAAAGAUCGAAAUGUCUUCGGGCAGAUGCUCAACUCAUCGUCCAUACACCAUACGGUCAACAUGAAGCUCCUCCUGCUCGCGUCCGUGAUCUGCUUCGCGGCUGUUCUGGCAGCGCCGGCCGACAAACAGAAGAGGGAGAUCCUGCCAGGCGACCCGCGCUAUGGAACCGACCAUCAUCAUCAUCAUGAGCACAAGAACGAGGACUCGUUCCAGGUACCCAAGCCGACCUAUGGACCGCCCAACCACAAACCCGGUAACCUUAUCAACGGCGACUAUGCGGACAAGGACUCCAUCCAGGUGCCGUCUACCUCUUACGGGAUACCUGACACAGUCCAGAUCAACAACAACUAUCUUGCUCCCACUGUCGAGGACAAGAAGCCGCUUAUUAAAGUGACAGUUCCGAAGACCGACGUGCGCGUUAACACCGACUUCAACAUCGACUAUCAGGCUCCGUCUGCCGAAGCACCCAUCACUUCUUACGGCCUUCCCGACAUCAAGACGACGAUCAGCGAGCAGCCGAAAUUCGAGGCCGUGCAAGUGCAGAGGACCAGCGUUCCGAUCGUGCCGCAGGUGACGACGAAGGUGACGACAAAGUUGCCCGAAAUUCAAGAAUUCAAUACUGGCAGUCUGCCCAGCUUCACCUCCUUCAACACCGGAAGCGUCCUGUUUCCGUCGGUGUACUCGAGCUAUCCUACAGGCUACACUAGCUAUCAAUCGCUCAGCUCCAUCCCCGUCAAGACCGUGGACCGCCACGUGCACGUGAAAGUGCCGCAGCCUUACCCAGUUCCGGUGACCAAGCACGUAACCUAUCCCGUGCCGGUGCCACAUACCGUCGAGGUCCCGAAGCCGUACCACGUGCGCGUGCCAUAUCCAGUACAGGUGCCAGUGGACCGUCCGUAUCCCGUGGAAGUUCCCCGCGCUGUGCCCUACCCGGUACCUCACUACAUUCGCACAAGCGUGCCAGUGGUACAGCCACAGCUGCACCACGUAGUCGACAAGGCGAAUCCGAUCCAGAUCUUCUUCGAGAACACCGCGUCCACGUUCCAGGAUACCAUCAACAAUUUCCCCAAUCUGCUGGGGAAUCUCUUCGAGAAUUUCCCAUCGUCUUUACCAUCCUUGCCGUCUUUACCAUCUUUACCGACAUUCACACCCGCUCAGCCCACACCAACCGCACCCGCGGCGCCCACUGCACCUGCUGUAAGCUCCAACGGUGUGUCCGCGCCAACCGCCAAUGACGCCGUCAUCAUCGAGAACCCCGCGAUCAAGACCAGCAGACCCUUGGUGGUCGCGCCUCUGACCAGUCAGACUGUCCACACCGUGAAGACUACGUCGCAGGAGUAUGUGCAACCGACCGACAUCAACGGCGGCUACGUCUACUAAGGGACAUUUAGUACACACGACUUGCGCUACUGAACAUUUCAUCUAGCAGAGAAACCAAGGAAGAUACGUUUGUCAAGAUUCGCCGCUCGCGCCUACUUCACCACGUUGCUCGACGCGAUUUAUUCUUCGAGAACCAGGUGUUGAUUCAAGAACUCUUUUAUUCUCGUUUCGCCUUUCAAGAUCUGUGUUUAUCGCGUGGAUUUUGCACAGGCAGACUCAAUAAUCCAACACUUUCUUCAAAUUAGCUUGUGAAAAAGAGAAGAAAAUGGGGAAAAGGAAAUAUCAUAUUCUUUUAGGAUAUCACACUCUUUUCUGUCUCUACGACGCAAAGUGAUAGAGACAUAAUAAGGGAUGAAAACAAUAAGUUAUCUUCUCUCUUGAAACGAAUCGAGUCUACGCGUGUAUCUAUGAUUCGGUUGUAUGACGUUCAUUCGUUUGUAUUUAACAACUUUUAUCUGGAGAUCGAUCCUCCAUCCCAUAAGGUAUUUUUUCCUAAGAGUUUAAACGCUGAAUUUUAACUAUCUAGUCUAUAUUUAACAAUAUUUGUCUGAAAAGUAACCUUCCAUUUUAGAAGUAUUCUCUCAAAACUCCGCAUUUAACCGUUGCAAUUUGAAUAAUCAGUUUAUGUUUAACAAUUUUCGCCUGGAAAUGAGAUCUCUUCUCGUUCUAAAGGACUUUUCCUCCAAAAAUACGCGUUUAAGUGCUAAUUUGACAAAUCGUUAAGGAUCUUUUGAGGACUUUACACUUGCUUGCACCGACGAAUCGCACGUGCAUCUGUCAUUUGAUCUUUCGCGAAAUUCAUGGAGAUCCAUGAAUGACAAUGAGCGAACGAACAGUGAAAAUAAGAAUUGCUCCGCAUGACAGAUAGAACUCACCGUUGAGAAACGAUAGCGCGAUUUUGAGCGCGACUUCUCAUGCGACUCGAGCGACGAAUGUCUUGAUCGAUGGACGUCUAGGAGGUAUAUUAGGAAGGAUUGAUGGACAGGAGAGUUAGAGAAUAUUUUUUGUACGUAAAUAAAGCUCUUUUAUUACAAA